GCCGCCGCCUGCGCCAUGAGCUUCUUGUUUGGUAGUCGCUCUUCUAAAACCUUUAAACCAAAGAAAAACAUUCCGGAGGGGUCUCACCAGUAUGAGCUGUUAAAACAUGCAGAAGCCACGCUUGGAAGCGGUAAUCUCCGGAUGGCCGUUAUGCUGCCAGAGGGUGAAGAUUUAAAUGAAUGGGUUGCAGUUAAUACUGUGGACUUCUUCAACCAGAUCAAUAUGCUUUAUGGUACCAUUACAGACUUCUGUACAGAAGAGAGCUGCCCAGUGAUGUCAGCUGGCCCAAAAUACGAGUAUCACUGGGCAGAUGGGACAAACAUAAAGAAACCAAUCAAGUGCUCGGCACCAAAGUACAUUGAUUACCUGAUGACUUGGGUCCAGGAUCAGCUGGAUGAUGAAACACUAUUUCCAUCCAAAAUAGGUGUUCCUUUCCCAAAGAACUUCAUGUCAGUGGCAAAGACCAUUCUAAAGCGUCUCUUUAGAGUUUAUGCUCACAUUUACCACCAGCACUUUGAUCCAGUAAUCCAGCUACAAGAAGAGGCACAUCUUAACACAUCCUUCAAGCACUUUAUUUUUUUUGUUCAGGAAUUCAACCUUAUUGACAGAAGAGAACUGGCUCCACUUCAAGAACUGAUUGAAAAACUGACCUCCAAGGAUAGAUAAAAGGAAGUGGAUUUGUGGAAAUAGCAAGCGUGUGGUAUUUCUGGGGGUUUUGUUUGUUUGUUUUGUUCUGUUUUGAAAACAAAACAAAACCUUGUUCUGUUCUUACAGGCAGUCAAGAUCCAUUCUUUGUGCUUUUAUUAGGGGAAAUCUUUGUCUUUUAGUGACAUGCAGUAAAUGGCUUUUUUUUUCUCAUUGUGGAUUUUUAGUAGAUUUUGAGUGUUUAUAAAGGAAGUAUGCUUGUUGGGAGAUUUGACACUGCUGAUGGAUGGGUUGUUUUGUGUCAAUUGUAGCCCAUUCUCAUGAAGUCCCUAAAAGACUUACAUUCUCUAAGUGCCUUGGCAGACUCACUUCUGAGGUGCAAAGCACACACAAUACUGAACAUUGCUGGAAAAUAUAACCUAUCCAGGACACUUACUGAUGCUUGGUUUAGAAUAUAUAUGCUUAAAGUACAAAAGCCAUAACUUACUUAAAUCAGUGAUCUCCAGCUUUUAAUACACAGCAUCACCAUUUUUUAAGAGAGAUGAAUAUAAAGCUUCUCAAAACUAGGUAUUUCUAAAAAACCAAAAAGUAAAAAUAAAAAAUUAUAGUGAUGGUGACACUUCAGCUCAUGUCCUAGUCACCAGACCUAAAUGAUAAAGAUUUUAAAACUAUGGACAACCCAGGAUAGCAGAGGGCUGGCUCUCCAUUCCACUGUAAUUUUGCACUGCUUGUUACAUAUAUUUAUUUUGUUAAUAUAAAUAUCAACUCAGGCCAGCCUAAUGUACUGUAAGGUACAUUACUUCCUUUAAUAAAGUUUCCUAGUAUUUCCCAAAUGAGCCAACCAAUUUGCAAAAGUGUCUUCAGUGAGAAAGAAAGAUCUAUUUAUUCAUCAUCAAAAAUGACACGUAGGUAAUAUUAAGAAAAAUCUUGUUUUAAAUCCACUAGAGUGAUGCCAUUUAAAUGUGAACAGUAAAAAGCUAACUCAAGAUUAGAGUUCAGAUUCUCAAGCUUUUUCAUAAGAGGACAUCUCUUUGUAGAAAGAUUGUCUUGUGGACCACUUUCCAUUUGCAAUCAGAAGGCCCACAGCCCAUCUCAUUCAUAAUUGUAUGAGGUGUCUGUGGUAACGAUAGCAAUUGUUUACACGGGGAAAGUUAUAUUAAGUAAGAUUUGUAUAUUUUAGCUGUUUUUAGUGUGGCAAGUGCUUUUGUUCUUUUUGAGAAAACAAUCCCACAAUCUCCUUUUUCAUAUCUCCCUCCCUUUCUGGUCCUGUUUCUCUCAAACUGGAAACUGGGAGAACCAGUACCAUGUGACAAGACAUUUCCAUUGACCACCUGAAAGUGGUCCACAGACUACUAUUUGGACAUCUCUGUGCUAUAGCUAUGUGAAACUCAGGGGGUUCCCAUCUCAGAAAUUCAUAUGGAAUGUAUCUUCGCUUUCAUCUUUGUAUCUAUCCAAUUUUGGCUUCAAAUACAUUUGUCUUCCACAUUUGUAAUGUGCCAGCCCCAUAGUAUCAUCAGUAUCUAGGUGCCAAAUCUCAAAAUGAAAAAGUAGCCAGUUUUCAUCUGCUCUUGCAUCAUAACUUAGCAGAACCACAGAUUUUACAUGAUUUUGAUGCAAAGACGUAAAUUGACCCAUGAUACUGACCUCCUUUGUAAAGCACUUUGAGAGCAAAAGAUGAAAAGCACUAUAAAAGAACUAGCUAUUAUUAUUAUGCACUACCAUGGCUCUUGAACCUUGGUGAUCUUUAGAUUUUUACAGUUUGUGACAGAACAAUAGAAGUGUUGCAGGAUAUCCUGAAACCAUGCAAACAUUUCACACACCUGCUUGACACACAUUUUUGACUUUGAUAGUUAGGAGUGGGUAAUUAUGUAUGGAAAAACACAAUUACACAUGCAAAGAGCCUGCAAAAUUUGUAACUGGCCAUUUGUGCUUGCAGAUGUAACUGGUAUUUGCAUAAACAGAUUACAUACACACUUAAUUUUGGAAGUCAAGCCUACAUUCUUGAAAUAGGAAACUCCAUUGCUUUACUAUUACUUACUGAGCAAAAUCAUCUGAAGCUUGAAAACAACCUUUUACCUAAACAAAUAUCCUCCAAUUGGGCAAAAGAUUUCUAGUGCAGCAAAAGCUGAUAUUAGCUGACUUUUUGUUUGCUUCACCGAUUACUAAUAUCGUAACCUUAUUUAUUUCUUGAACUAAGCAUAGCUCUGGGAAUCCAGCUAUGGACUAGCAAACUGCCUUGAUAGUCUGUUCAUUGCAUCUCCUUUAUAGAAAGACCAAAUUUUAGAUAGCUGUUACCUGAGCUUCCCUUACUAAUUUGUAAGCCGUGCUCACAUUGUAUCUUACAAUUGAUUACACUAGUAUGGCAGCAAUUGUUGGCAGCAGAGAAGUUAAAAUUAUAAUUAUCAUUCAGACGUUGUUCCUUCAGCUUCAUCAAAAUGUUUCUUUAAGCUAUACAAAUCCCUUGCAUGUCUGUUAGCUGAUCUACGUCUUAGAUUUAUAGGUCAAAUUACAGCACAGGGUUUUAUCGGCCUUAAAGACAAGCUGCCAAGGAGUGGGGGAAGCAAUUAGGUUUGUCUUUUUUUUUCCUUCUUUGUGAUAUAUCUAGGUCUGAAAGAUGUUCCCAAAAAAUGGGGUGAAAAGGAGAAGAAGCUGACAUUCUUUUGCUCUCUUAUAUUAGAAAUGUCAGUUCUCGGCUUCCUGUUUUUUCUGGAAGCCUCCGUGAAAAACCGGAGUGGGCGCUUUCUGAGCCCACAGUUAAAGGGUCAAGAUGUUUGAAUCUUUCACACAGAUUGAUUUUCUUUCAAGUAUUUGAACAAAAAACAGGUUUAAAAAGUCAGACUAAAAUCCCCUCUCCUCUCAAUUGCUGAUGUUCCAGUCUCUCCCUUAUGUG